AUGGCCACCAACUGCUGCACCGCCGCCAGGGCCAGGCGUCUCUCGGACAUGCUGCGGGAGCAGCAGGAGCCGCCCUUCCUCCUCCUCCACCUGCUCCUCCAAGACAACGACGACGACAGCGCCACGCCGGCCCGCACGCCCGCCGCCGCGAGGAGGAGGCUGCUGCGCGGGAGCACGGCCACCGUCACCAAGCUGGCUCUGCGCUGGGCGGACGACCUCCUCGCCGGCUGCUUCCCGUGCGCCGCCACGCGCCAGAGGUUCCGCCGCUUGCAGCGCGCCGACCACGGAGACGUCGUCGCUCCCGCUGACCACUACGACCGCGGCGGCGGUGCCGUUGACUGCGGGAGGCAGCAGCUCAGCCCUGUGUCCGUCCUGGACCUGCACUCCGACGACGGCGAGUCGUCGCCCGUGCCCAGCCACCGGGAUGAGCACAGCGACGACGAUGGCAAUGGCAAGCCAUCGACCUCAGGCUCAGCGACAGGGACCUCGCCGCCAUCCAUCGACCUCUCCGGCAAGAUCCCCGCAACGGAGGAGAGGUUUCAGAAGAAGUGCGCCGCGUUCGCGUCUGCCUUGCAGUGGGAGAGCGUCGCGGCGGACAUCUCCCGGAUCCCGAGCCUGGUGGAGCUCGACUUGUCAGCGCCUCCGCGGGACGACUGGCGCCGCCUCGUCGGCGGCGGCGGGGAAGAGGAGGCCCGGCAGUUGGUUCAGAGCAUCGAGGCCAUCAUCUUCGAGGAGGUUAGGUGGGAGGCCGUCCGUGACAUGGUCUGCUCGCCACAACACUGA